AUGCAUUUCUCAUUUAAUCACUCACCAACUAAAAUUGAAAAAAAGCGUCAAGUAACUGUUUCCUCAUUUGGACAUGCAUCCGACUUCGACUAUAAACGUGAUACAAAAUUUUUAAGCAAAAUUGUGAAACAAUGUAUGACAGCACAUACAUUGGAUUUAAACUAUAUUCUUCAUUUUCUAUCGAACUAUACGUGUGAACAACGUAUUAUUCUUGUUCGUGAUCUUGAAUUUGAAUAUGAAUAUAAUUUAAUUGAUCUGGUCAUUGAAAAACCAGAAUCACCGAUGCGCUCGUGUACUUUAGCGAUGUUAAUCGAACCGAUCGAACUAUACGUACGUGACUUUCAUGAUUUACUUACACAUAAACAAUUGAAAAAGAUCGAUUAUGAUAUAACAAAAAAAUUGGUGGAAAUCUUAUUACCAUUAGAUAAUGAUGAUAUAAAAAAAUUUAAAGAAUCAUAUGAAAAUUUAUUUGAAAGUCCUGUACAAAAAGAUAUUGAAAUUGUUCAAGGUAGUGAAAGUAUUGCAACAAAUUUACUAAAAGAAUUACUCGAAGGUAAACGUUACGAAGCAUCUGGCUAUUCAGCAACAAUGGCGAAAGUUAUAGGAAAGAAAUUGUAUGAAGUUGGUGAAGGUUCUCCUGGUAUUGAUUAUGAGACAUUUAUAAAAAUAUUUACACAUGAUUCUUUUUCUCAAUUAUCGGCUAUAUUUGACAUGUACGAAGAUAAAUAUGGACGACCAAUACAAGUAGCGAUUGAACAUGAAUUUCAAGGAAAAAUUGAAAUCGAAUGUUUUCAAGAUAUGGUUGAAUAUGUACGAUUACCGAGUGGUUAUCUUGCUAAAGUAAUUCGACAGGCAUUAGAUAAAACACCCAUUGAUUAUGUAACGCUAUCACGUACAAUCAUUGGUCAUGAAGAAAAGGAUUUACGUGAAAUCGGUUUAGAAUACUCAAAAAUCUAUGACGAAACACUUGAUCAAACAAUUAAUAGUCGUGUUGAUAUUUUAGAAAUCAAACGCUUACUUAUUCUUAUUAUAACACACGGACAUGAUAUAACAGAUGAUGAAGACGGAAAAGUUCAUUUUGAUCACUCGUAUGGUACUAACUCGACUAGUGCAGGAACACUAACUCAAGCAACACAAUCACCGACGACUGGCAAUGGAAUGAGAAGAAACCCAUCACACGAAGCAUUCGAUAAAGUUGUCAGUGUAUUUAAAACCACGCGCACUCAUUAA